UUCCAACCCAAGUCUUGCGUUCUAUACGAAGUUUCGAACUCACUCCUGGAUAACAUCCGCAAGUCCACAACAAAGCAGCUCACAAGAUCCCUUCAGAUCCUUCAAUAUCUGUCAAGAACUGUUUGUGUUCUCUCUGUAUAAAUAUUUGCACAUAUUGACCAAUUCUGAUUUAAUCUUCCAAAGAAUCCGAUUUUGCAAAUCGAGUCGACGGUUUGAUUUCUAGGGUUUCGGAGCCUCCGACGUCGCUUCCUCGAUUUCUGCUGCAAUUGUGGUGUUAAUGUCGGUUUGAAAUGUGUGGGAUCGUGAUCUGGGGUUCGUAAAGGUCUUGUCUUUACCUUCAAGUGCAUGAAGAUUUGGUGCUUCUGUCUAUGCUUUACCAGGGAAGAAGAGGACGACAGGGAAGAAUUAGGAGAGGAAGAUAAAGGGGAGGCUAUGGCGGAAAACGUUUUCCGAGAUAAGGACGAUCCUGUGGGCAGAAUCAAGAAUGAGGAGGAACCCGAGCAACUAGGGUUCGCGGGGAAUGGUCGCGGGCUGGAUGAGCAGCUGAGACUGUUCGAAGACGAUGCUGUUGCAAUACGUGAUGGGGCUGCACAUUGGGAGGGGGCGGCGCACGCCGGUUCGCUCUUCUCGUGGUUUGGAAGCUCGCGAGGCUCCGAGGGAGAGGCUAGCUCGGCUUCGGCGACUGGUGGUGUCGAGGAUCGUGGGCAUGAUUAUCACCAUAAGCGCUUCAAAGCUCACUCUGAUUCUCAUGACUAUCAUUUCCCAACUUCAGUGGCUUCAAAUGCUGGAAACUCUAGGUCAUCUGCAGAGAGAGUUUACCAUUUUAGUCAGGGAUCUUCAAUUCCACCUGAGAAUCAGUUAUUUUAUCAUUCACUGACCAUGACUGAUGGUGGUGAUGAGAAUCCCUCUGAAUCUAGUGAUGGGAAAGAUGAUGGAGAUGAGAUUGGCUCUCUAAAAACAGAAGAUUUUGAAGUUCGGAUGGAUCUUACGGAUGAUUUACUCCAUAUGGUUUUCUCUUUCUUGGACCACAUCAAUCUUUGUCAAGCAGCCAGAGUGUGUAGGCAGUGGCGAGGAGCUAGUGCACAUGAUGAUUUCUGGAGAUGUUUGAAUUUUGAGAACAGGAACAUAUCUAUAGAACAAUUCGAGGAUAUGUGUCGGAGGUAUCCAAAUGCGACAGAAGUGAAUAUUUCUGGUGCUCCUUCUAUUCACCUGCUUGUCAUGAAAGCAGUCUCUUCAUUAAGGAAUCUGGAGGUUUUGACAUUGGGGAGAGGGCAGCUAGGGGAUACCUUUUUCCAUGCUUUAGCGGAUUGUUAUUUGUUGACGAGAUUGAAUGUAAAUGAUGCUACUCUUGGUAAUGGUAUUCAAGAAAUACUUAUAAACCACGAUGGCUUGCGUCAUCUUCAACUAACUAAGUGCCGGGUGAUGCGUGUAUCUGUGAGGUGCCCACAACUUGAAACUAUGUCUUUGAAGCGCAGUAACAUGGCUCAGGCUGUGCUGAAUUGCCCACUUCUCAAUGAGCUCGAUAUAGGCGCUUGCCACAAGCUUUCAGAUGCUGCUGUUCGUUCAGCAGUGACUUCAUGCUCUCAGUUAGAGUCUCUAGACAUGUCAAAUUGUUCAUGCGUGAGUGACGAAACUCUACGUGAGAUAGCCCUCACAUGUCCUAAUCUCCAUUUUCUUAAUGCUUCGUACUGCCCAAAUAUCUCACUUGAGUCUGUGAGACUGCCAAUGUUGACGGUUCUUAGGCUCCACAGCUGUGAGGGUAUCACUUCAGCUUCAAUGGCUGCAAUAUCUCAUAGUUAUAUGUUGGAGGUUUUGGAACUUGACAACUGCAAUCUACUGACUUCUGUGUCGUUGGAUCUUCCACACUUAAAGUGUAUUAGAUUAGUACAUUGUCGCAAAUUUGCAGAUUUGAAUUUGCGUAGCACCACACUAUCAACUAUAAUGGUGUCUAAUUGCCCUGUUCACCGUAUUAACAUCACUUCAAACUCACUUCAGAAAUUAGCAUUGCAGAAGCAGGAGAGCUUAACCACAUUGACAUUGCAAUGCCAAACUUUGCAAGAAGUGGACCUCACAGAUUGUGAAUCUCUAACAAAUUCUAUUUGUGAAGUUUUUAGUGAUGGUGGCGGAUGCCCUAUGCUAAAGUCAUUGGUUCUCGAUAACUGUGAGAGCUUGACAGCGGUGCGAUUCUGCAGUGCUUCUUUAUUUAGUCUUUCCCUUGUCGGUUGCCGGGCUAUCACUGCUCUUGAACUCACAUGCCCCUAUCUGGAGCAAGUUUGCUUAGAUGGUUGUGAUCAUCUUGAAAGAGCAUCGUUUUGUCCUGUUGGCCUACAGUCCUUGAAUCUGGGAAUAUGUCCUAAACUGAAUGUUCUCAGUAUUGAAGCACCACAUAUGGUGUUGCUUGAAUUGAAAGGAUGUGGUGUGCUAUCUGAUGCAUCUAUUAACUGUCCACUUUUGACAUCUCUGGAUGCUUCCUUUUGUAGCCAACUCAAGGACGAUUGCUUGUCUGCAACGUCUGCAUCAUGCCCGCUGAUUGAGUCAUUGAUAUUGAUGUCAUGCCCAUCAAUUGGUUCUGAUGGACUUUAUUCCCUACGCUGCCUUCCACAUUUGACUGUGCUUGAUUUAUCAUACACUUUUUUGCUGAAUUUGCAGCCUGUUUUUGACUCUUGUUUGCAACUAAAGGUUUUAAAGUUACAAGCAUGCAAGUAUCUUGCUGAUUCAUCUCUUGAGCCCCUUUACAAGGGAGGUGCUCUACCAUCUCUCCAGGAAUUGGACUUGUCUUAUGGGACCCUCUGUCAGUCUGCUAUAGAAGAGCUUCUUGCUUGCUGCACGCACCUCACACAUGUGAGCUUGAAUGGCUGUGUUAAUAUGCAUGACCUAAAUUGGGGUUAUGGUGGUGGUCAGAUUUCUGAGCUGCCUAGCAUAUAUACCUCAUUUUCCACGUUUUCGGCUGACAAUAACCACGAGCUAAUUGAGCAGGCCAACCGUCUACUACAGAACCUAAACUGUGUAGGUUGUCUGAAUAUUAGGAAAGUUUUCAUUCCACCAGCAGCACGUUGCUUCCAUUUGUCAUCGCUCAAUCUGUCUCUAUCAUCAAAUUUGAAGGAAGUUGAUCUUGCUUGUUUCAAUUUGUGCUUUCUUAAUUUGAGUAAUUGUUGCUCUUUGGAAAUAUUGAAGCUAGAGUGUCCGAGAUUGACUAGUCUUUUUCUUCAGUCUUGCAACAUUGAUGAAGUAGCCGUUGAAGCUGCCAUAUCAAAGUGUAGCAUGCUGGAGACCCUGGAUGUCCGCUUUUGUCCGAAGGUAUGUUCGAUGAGCAUGGGGAGAUUACGUUUGGCAUGCCCUAGUUUGAAGCGAAUCUUCAGCAGCCUGUCACCUUCAUAAUGUGAUAGGAUCCUUUGUUUCAUUUGUAUGCCGUGAUGAUUUCAGGCGGGGAAUCAGCUUGACAAAGUGAUAUGUGAUUUGGGCCAAUAUAUAUUGUAAAUGCCAUCUUUUCUAGCCUUAAAUCUUUAUGCUUAUUUUUCAUUGUUGGUGUUUGUUUGGUAAAAAAGGUACUUCUUCUAGCUGGCUUUUAUGUAACAAUAGAAUAAGUUAUUUUUGUUUUAUAUUUUAUAUUGUUGAUGAUUGUUUUAUAUUAAUUGCAAAUUGUAGAUUCGAUUGCCGAGUAAA